AUGGAGAUGACGUCCCAAGGAGAGUUGCCGGUCACGUUGAUGCGCGCCGCAGUGCGCUUCGAUGUGACUGAGAGUGAUUGCUCCAGCAUUAUGGAGUAUACUGUAUACUCCUUCAACUCACUGGCAUUCAAAGUCCCUAAGCCGGAGGAUUUCGAAACCUUCCUUCAAGAGAGGGUGCUGGGGGUUUUGUGCCUACAAGCAGGAAGACCCACCGACAAAUCACAUUGGUGGAGGCGGUGGCCAUGGAGGGCGCAGCCAUUGCUCGUGGAUGCCCAAACGCGAGCAGUGAUCGGGAGCUCCCUCUUCACCUUGAACAAGGUCAGCAAGGCUAUACAGACCCCAGGAGCAACCUACGAGGUUCUACCCCGGGAGGCGUACCUGUCAAAAGAGGAAGAAGACAAGCUCCACAGAGCAAGAAGGAUACCCAAGAGCGGGACAGUUGAGUUGACUCUCGACCAGGUUUCAGAGAUGGAAGAUCUGCGAGCUCGUCUGGAACUUCGGGCCCGCUCCUUGGAUAUCAUCGGGAUUGCCAAGCAUGGGACAAUGAGCACCCUGUCAGACCGAUACUACGGCAAGGUCAACUGUUCAGUGGCUGCCGGAAUGCGAAGCCCCACGCUCAACGAGCUUCGAAGGCACUUGAGCAAAGGUGAGCAGUCACUUACUAUGUGGAGAACGAUGGAGACCAUGCAGUUCUGGCACCUCUUGGAUCCUGUCAUCGCCCACUUACCCUGUGGGGAUGGUGAAGUGGAGAAGAGAGAUGGAGCAGUCAACGAGGACAAGAAACGCAAAUAUAAGCCGUCCAGCAAGGAAGGCGAAAGUGGAGGAGAAGGCAAGACGGGCAUUCGUUGCCUGAUGUGCAAAGAGGUCCACAAGCCCCUUUGCAAGCUUCCGGAUGACUUCCCAAAAAAAGCAGCCUGA